AUGCUGGAGAAGGGCAAACAAUACAAAGACGCGGAAGCCUUGAAGGUACAUGUGGCGGCCCUGUUCGCGGGAGCUGGCCGUAGCUUUCAUUCCGGUAACGGAGGCGGCAGACAAAAGAAGCAUAUCUGCAAUGGCGCCAAAGGAAGAUGUCUGGCUGAAGUGCGCGCCUGCAAGCAGAGGUCGGGAGAGUUCAAGGUGACGUUCAUCAUCCCGGACCACAAUGACUGCUCUGGCGGCAAGGUCGGAGCGAGAUCGGCUGCGCUCGAGGGUUUCGCCAGUGCUGCCAUGGUCAGCAACCCGACCGUGAAGGGCACGGACCUGAAAAGGAGCCUAGAGCAGCAGACCGGGCUCAAAGUCAGCUACAGCGCGGCGUCACGCCUGAAGGUCGCGGCUACAAGGGCGUCGAAGGAGCAACUGGAGCACGGGUACCGCAUCAUGACCUCUUACUGCAAGGAACUGGUGAAGGACUGCCCGGGAUCGAUUGCGGUGGUGCAGGUUCCGUAGUCUUUUCUUCAUGCUCGGGCGUGCUGCGUACGCUGCGGUGCGAAGCCCGAUCAAGGUGUGUGUCACGCAAAGUUGGGACUGGCCCGUUCCAUUUUUAAUCGGAACACACGAUGUGCACGGCGCAUGUUGUAACCCAUUGGAGUAUUUAGUUGUAACACCACGUAGACGACGUUGAAUGCAGUCUACCCCUGUGUCGAGUGUGUCACUUGCGCGCCCGGAGAUGUGUUCACGAGGAUGUGGGCAACCGCCUGGGGUAUACAUGGUGGACGAGCGCACUGGCCCCCCAUGAUUCCUCUUGUACCUAGUUUAGGGGAGGGGGAGGUGUACUCAUGUAAACGCAUGCCGUAGUCGU